AUGGCCGUCCUCAUCGGAUCACUUGCGCAUCAUGGGAGUGCACGUUCAACAACUGCCGCGGCAGCCAACAGACCAAUUCUGAGGAGUCCAUUCUUCGCCGUGAAUGGUAUUGCAGAAAAGGUUGCCGGCUGGUUCUCGAGGCGAGGGCCACUGGCCUCGAAGAGGAAAAGUCCCCCCGACCACCAUAGCCACCCUUCGGCAACAGCGGUUUCUGGCAUCAAUUGA